GUCAGAUGAUUGUUCAACCUUCUUUUUCUUGAGUUUUUUACUCUGCUAUUAUCUUCCACGAAUUUCUGCUUCAUUUUGUGAUUUACUGAUUAAAAAAAAGGAAGGGGAAUGGAAUAAAAUCCCCCAAUGUAGUAACUGUGCAUUAAUGCUUGUAAUGCAAACAGCAUCACCGACAAAGUCAUCUCCCAAAACUGAAUCAGUCUCACUUCUAGUUGCAACAGAACUUUGCCAGAAUAUAUACUUUCAUAUCUCAAGUCACACAACAUUAAAGAGCUUCCAAAGUCAGUCUGGAACAACAUUGGGCAACAAGGAAUUACAACCAUCUGUACCUGGGAAUUCAUUAACAACACCACCAAGUUUCUGCAAAAAUGUUGACAAGCUAUGGAUAUACUUCAGUGUCCAUUUAUAUGAGCAUUUUCCUUCUUGCAUUCUUGGUGGUAUGUGGAAUUGGUUGUGUUUGUCACUGGAAACACCACACCACACAAUUUACCUUACCAAGGUUUUUGCAAAGGAGAAGCAGGAAGAGAAAAGAUUAUAAGAAAACACUCUGCUUGAGUCCACAUAUUGUUGGCUUGAGUCACAAAGUCUCAGUUGAAACCAAAGACCACAGGUCUAUUGACAAGGGAAGUAGGAUGCAUGACCACUAUGAAAAUAUGGUAGCGGAUCCUCCCAAAGCUAAAGAAGAAAGUGACAAGGAACUAUACGAAAACACUCAGCCACCCAAUUUUGAGGAGCACUUCUAUGGAAAUGAGGCAUCCUCUGAGUACUAUAACUUCCAGAAGCUUGGUACAUCUCAGGUUCCUCAAGAUGAAGAUAUAUACAUUCUUCCAGACUUGUAA